AGUUUCAAAAUGGCGGAAUUGGUUCGUCCAAAAAAGCCAAAACAUCGAGAGCGAGCACAAAGUGAUUAUACACCCCCAAUACCAGAUCGUCCUGCAAUUGUGAAUGGUUUGAGACUCCCUGCGGCUCCAUCACAUACUAUUGAGGAUUUACCAGAAAGAUCAGCAUCACCGGAACCUGAAGAUCAGGAUAUAAGCUUGACCGAAGAUUCCUUGAAACGCGAAGAAGCAUCUGAACCUUUAAAAGAUGUGAGAAGUAGUCCAGUUCGACCAGCCCCUCCACCACCACGUGUUUCUCAAGAAAGAGAAGCUCCACCAAUUCCUCCAAGAAGUAUGAUCUUUCCACGAAGUACCAGCAUGGUUGCUGAAUCUAGAAAAGAAUCAACUACAGCGGUAGCACCAAAACGGAGUGUAGCAGUUGCUUCAUAUCCAGCUGUCCCCGAACUAGCCGAACUUCCAUCCUAUACUGAUGCGCUUCAACAUCCGCAAGUGUAUCCUUCAAUAAAUGGAGGACUUCAGCAUUCACACUCAGCUACUGCCAUUCCAGAAAAAACACGAUUUUCUGCACCAGUUGAGAGAGAGCGUGUACGAGAGGGAGAAGCUCCUCCGAUGUAUCCAUCUAUCAAAACUUACGAACGGAAUGAACAUGGUUUAAUGACUGAAGAAAACUUGGUCACAUUCUACCAUAAUCCCCUUUAUGAGCACGCCGAAAUGUUUGUUGAUCAGUUUAUUAAAACUGAGGAAGUACCAACUCAAUCUGGAUCUUUAUUUCCACUCUUAGCUAGACUAAGAACAGUAUGUGACCUAAUGACUGUUAGUGAAGUGAAAGGAAAAGAGAAUACAGAAGAAUUGCAAAAAUGUUUACGAGAAUGUUGGGUUCAACAAUCUCUUUCUGUUGAUGCAAAAGGAAAAUGUGGAGACAACAAUGAUGGUACAGGUAGAGCAUCGUAUUUUUCUUUUGAACUGCAACAGGCAGUACUGGAUCAAAUGAAGAAACUUCUCUCUACGAAUCGAAGCAAUCUGAUGGAUCAUUCAGUUUGUGAAGAGACUUCGUUUAGAUCAAUUGCUCUACAAAUUCAAUGGCAGGUUAUUAUUAUCAAUAAUAAUUUCAUGGCUGAAAACGGGUUGUCUACAAAUUGUCCACCCAGUUUAAUUGCCAGUGUACCUAUGACACCGGGUAGAGUUGCUCUUCGCACUGCUCUUUCAGACAUAUUCUAUCAUCUUCGGUAUCCAAGACUUUCAAAAAGAUUUAUAGAUACACUUGUUGGAUGGAUCAAAGAAUUGACAUGUGUGUUGAAUAUGCGUCAAUCAUGCGACGACGGUAUAUUCCUCCUUUGCCACCUUUUACGUCUUCCAUCUCCAAUUGAUCAAUGGGCUUCUCCAUUUGUACAAACCUUCAUUCAAUCACAAUCUGCUCCAAAGUUGAAGCUUGAUUAUUGUGUUGCACUUCUCACUCAUCUCCUCAACCCAAUCAAAGCUCGAGAAUCUUUCCUUCGCCAUGUUGCUCAAUCUGAAAAAGAGGAGUCAACUUGGGAGAUUCUUGCAGAUGACGAUGACGGUGAAGCAAAUGAGUUUUCAUUUGUCACAAUCAACGAAUCAGAUCUAACUGCAUUCCUUGAUCAAUUUCCGAUUUCUGAGCUUUAUUCAAUUGCUUAUCUUGCUUUCACUUCAUACUCUGACAAAGGAUCUCAAUUUACUGCUAUGAUUGCAUUCCAGCUCUUGCUCAUGAAAAUUCUUGAUAAUGGUUUGACAAGUUAUUCUCAACCCGGAUAUAAAAUGUUCUGUAAGCAAAUUGGAAUAAGUCUCAAGCACAGCGUUCGGGAACUUUGCUCCAAUUGGCGACUUAUUCGAGAUCAAGUUCGACCAGGCGAAGAGCAUCAUCUUCAGAAAGAAGUAGAUCGAGUUGUACUUCUAGCUCUAAAUUACUUGAUUCAUCAAGACACCCUUGGAUUGUUCCAAUUUGUGGUGUCGUUACCAUAUGCUGUGGUUUCCGAAGAAUGUAGAAGCCGAUGUGAAUAUGCUUUAAGAUCGAAUAAGAAAAUGUCUAUUCACGAGAUUUAUGAUACACCAAUUUGUGAAGUACGCGCCAGGAUUAGUAGUCAAGGAAUUUCAAAACGAAUAGGUGCGCUUGGAGCUCAGGAUUCAGAAUUUCUUGUCAACUCAUUGGCCUCAAUUGGAUCUUAUUCAAAUUCGGAUGUUUCGCAACUUUUGAAAGAGCUUAUUGAUGUUUGCUUUUGUGAUGAAGACACUCGAGAUGAUUUGUAUAAAUGUGGUGGUGAAGCAAUUGGACAAAUUCUUAUAAAAAGACCUGAAACAUUGCAUCAAUUGCUCACUAUUAUUGAUCGAAAUCUUCAGCAUAUGGAUUCCUAUGCAAUCAAUGUUUUAUCAUCAUCACGACUUUUCGAAUGUCGAUUAACGGAACCAAUGAUAAGCAUCAUAGGAAAAUGGCUCAUUAAUAAUCCUCCAGAACACGGAGCAAAUCGUCUUGCUCGGCGAGUUCUUUCUGGAUUGCAUUGGGGAUUGGCUGUUGAUGGUCAUAACUUGUGGAUUGAUGUAGAUGUGCACACAAUUGCAGCAGAUACUGUGGUCAAGGCUCAUUCUGUUCAUUGUUCACGUUCGAAUAGUAUGAUAUCAAAGUCUAUAAAUAAGAUAUCAAAACUCGCUUCAAAAGUUGGAGACGCCGAAUCGUUGUUCCAGCAGUUUUGUUGGGACCUGCUCGUAAAGCUCAAACUUCCAACGAUACCUUCCUCAUUGGUUCAAAAUGAUCUAACAGCACAUUAUGUGAGGAUAGUUCAAAAUUGUGAAGAUGAUGUGGUUGUGUACUUGGAAAAAGGAGUUCCUCUUCUAUCGGAUUUAGUAACAUCUGGAAGUUCAGUGGCUUCUGUUGUUUUACUUUCAAGACUUAUUGCUCAACAUUAUCAGAAUGUGAAUUUGAUGGCUGCUGAUAAAAACUUCAUGACAACAUUCGAACGUCUUCUACACAUUGAUCAACUUCCAUAUGCAGUUCAAUGGCUCAGUGGACCAUCAUCGACGCCGACUCCUAUCGUGAAGCUUAUAUGUUCAGCAAUUUCCUACUAUUCUGCAAAGUUACCUCCUAGAGAUUAUCUGCGUGCUUGGAUCACACUACUUUGUGCUGCAAGAACUGGCUGGAAUGAGGAUGCAGUUACAUAUCAAAUAGUGGGAACUAUUGCUCGUAUUGCAUUUGUUAAUGAUACCCACAAACUCUACGAAAUAACUGGUAUCAUAUUUCAAGCUUAUCAACAGCAACUCGCAGCUGAAAAGAACCAAUCAAAGGGUAUUAUGUCUAUGUUUUCAUCCGACAAUACAGUAUCCCCACUUAUUCCUGAUUCGAUGCUAUCGAUUUCUCCGUUUGCAUCGUAUGUUAUGCUUCGAGUCGAACAAAAGUCAUUCAACACUUUUUAUGGACAUUUUUUCGAAACUCUUACGAAAAAGGAUAAGUAUACACUGGAUAAUGCUGUGAAGAAAGCAUCAUCCAAAUGCUCAAUUACUGUACCUGUGGAGAGGCUUGCUAUUUUCCGAUGGGCAAAAUUAGUAACUGUAUGCAACGAUCAUCAACUAUUGCCAAUUCUCUUACAACAACUUUCGGGUUCAGCAUAUCGAUUGAGAAAGGCUAAUAAUUUGAAUUUAUGCUAUGCCCGACGUCUAAUUGAUGAUCCACAAAUGCAAGAUGUGAUGGCUGCUUGUCGAAAAGCAAUCGAAGAAUCAACGAUUGAAACAAAAGGAUUGUCUAAAGCUGUAGUAGGAUGGUUGUUCACAAAGCAUGAGGUGACGAGAACUGGAUUCGAUUUUUCUGUAUUUGACCUGGACUACCUGCUUCAACUCAUUCUUGCUGGUGAUAAGAACAUGUGGCUAGAUUUUGUAAAUAUGCCAUACUUCAAUUCUGAGGAGUUUUCGGAAAGAAAGUUGUAUUCUGUGACUUGCCAACUGUCACCUAAAAAUCGUGAAUCACCAUUACCACCUGAAAUAGGAUCACCUCGAUCCAGAUCUUCGGCAAAACCGUUCCCAGUUCUACCUGUUCAUUCUGGAUUACCACAGGCUCCGCUCAUAGAUCCAUCUAUUCUCUUUCAGCAACAUACGGUAUUACAGCUUGCUUCUCCAUUCAUCAACACAAUAAAACAACUGUCCAAGCAGUUCGCACAAUCCGGAGAUAGAAUGUCAAUGGAUGAUGAUUCAUACUGUAAGCAGAUCAAAGCCCUUUACCAACCAACACAGCAGACUAUUCCUGUUGAAAUUCGUUGCUCAUAUUGCUCGAAACCGAAAGCAUGCACAAUGAGCAUUAAACCGAAUGUUCUGAACUCUGAAAUUGAUUUACAAAUGACUCAAAACAGGACUAAACGUUUCGAAUUUUGGAAUGAACUUUAUGCUUCUAUUGUCGAUAAGGCUGCUGUAGCAACUGCAAGCAUCGAACAUCUAUCUGUUCUAGUGGCUAAAAUGACUUCAGCAUUGCAUCCUGGAACAAGAAAUAAUGUGCAGCUCACAGGACAUUCACUCUUUUAUCUUAUAACAUCUUCUGUUGGAGAGAAUGAGUUGUUAUUUAGUGUUGCUUCUGAUUCAUUUUGUAAUUCACUCCGAUCUUUGGGAGAAGAGUAUGUCAAAUUCCGUCCCGAAGAGCAAAUGGACGUCAUGCAACUGGCAUUAGAUGGAUUUGUACUCUCUGAACCUCUUGUUGAGGUCUUCACUCCAGAAGUGCUCAAUUCGGACGAUUUGUGCACAGCGUAUAGAAAGCUAUCGGACGCUGUGAGAAUGCCGGAAAGAAGCAAGAUGGCUUUGCAAUUGUUAGGUCGCCUUGGCAUGCAACAAGCUGCCGCUGGCUUACCUCCACAUCAAUUCGCCGCUCUUUUGCCAAUUGCAUUUGCAAAUCUUGCCAGUCAACCAGAUCCUUCGUCUCCACUUCAUGCAUUGUGUUUACAGCAUGUCAUUUUCUUUGUGUUUCACCAUUUCCCGGAUAACAUUGUUAAUGGACUUGACUUGACUCUGGAUGGAUGUAACACGAAUUCAACUCCUGCUUCACUUUUGGACGCUAUUGUUGAUAAAUUGGAUGCAAACGAUUACUUGAAGAAGAAAAAUUCGUUUGACUUGGGAGCUGCCAAAGCUGAUGAAUGUGCUAGAAUAUUGUCUAAGCGAUUGGAUGAAGCAAGAACAAAACUUCCGAAUUUCUAUGGAAUAUGGUCUCGUUACUUGGAUUCAGUAACUCGUCUCGCGCAACUGUUCCUUUUUGUGCCUAUUCGUGAUGGAUACGAGCCCAACAAGUCAGUUUCAGUGCUGCAAAGAGAAUGUUAUGAAUAUUUCACCCGUGUUGCCGCAGUAUUUUCGCCAUUGAUCGCCCCAUACUCUCCAACUCACCCACCUUUCUCGACCUCCCAUGAAGCUCAGGCAAUGCUCGUUCUCGAUCGAUUCGUCGACUUUCUAUCUGCCCUUCAUUUCAAUUCAAGUAUACCACCUGGAAUGCAGAACAUUCAGUCAUUGGUUUGGCAGUAUUAUUGUGAAAAACUUUCUAUUCUGACACAUGGGACUCAACACUAUUAUGAUGUUAUUGAACGGCAACUAGUACGACUGAAUUGGCAAGCUCUAUGGCCAUCAAGACUCGCUAUAACAGCAAUGGAAAAUUGUCUGGAUACAAGAUCACAAGACUGUGCUUCAUUUAUUUCACAAAUGGUUGCUCGUAUUCCGUGGAGCAAUAUUCUUCAAACAAUGCACGAGGAUAGUAGACCAAGCUACUUGGCUUCUUUAUUCGGAGUACUUGUUCGUCUUGCUGCUCGUCCUCGAAAUUAUGAUAAAGUCCGUGCAUCGUUGCUGGAGCUUUGCAAAUCAUUUUCGCUACGAUCUGACUGGAAUAAAAUUUAUCCGGAAGAUGCUGCCGGAAUAGCAUCUGCUGUAACAAAAUGUUUGCCCUCGGAUUCAUUAUCAAAUCCCGUGGAAAUGGUAUCAGUAAUUCAAGUUAUAUGGAGGAAAAUCUGUUGUUUUGUUGUACGUGAGCCAUUCUCCGAAGUAUCCCUUCAAAAACAGAAGUUGUGGAUUCAAACCGAAAGUUCUCUACUUUUGAAAGCGGAGUCCUCACAAAUUCCCGCAGCUUACAAUUCACUAAUUUCGGAUGUGAAUGCACUAGCCUUGAAUCACUCAAAUCUACGAGAAUUCCGGGUCGUCACUCGCGAACUGACAGCAAUGUGGAAGAAUAUCACAGAUGCCAAACUAGGAGAAGCUCUUGUAUCUAUAUGGUCGGAAUAUUUGGCUGCAAAUCCAACUUCUCCUCUUGUUCUAACAUCUGUCAAUACUUUAGUCGAUUCAUUGAACAUUGAUCAGUUGACAACUGCAUUGAAAGUUAUUGAAAAAGUUAUAUGUGCCUACUUCCUAAGAACGGACAGUAACUGGGCAGAACUUCUUCAUUGGAUUCAAUUUCCCACAGGAAGCUUGAAAUCUAUCAAAUCAUAUCUCAUGACUGUACCAUCAUCAGAGAACAAAGUUCAGAUGCUCCCAUUGACUCUAAAAAUUUUCAUGGAUUAUGGGGGCGUUGAUGAGAACAAAUUCUUUGAUUUGCACCACUACGUGAUCAGUAUACGUCCUAAACAUGUCGCCUCGGAAUCUGGUUUCAUAUGUCUCCUGGCUCGUCAUCUUCAAUGGAUGGCAAAUCGUAGUUCUGCACUUCCUGCUCAUUUUGCACCAAGUGAUGACCUUCUUUCAUCUCUAAUUAAAUAUCUUGGAAAAGCUUCCAAAGACGAAUCGAGUUUUUUGACUGCCCUAAUCAGCAGCAAAAAGACAGCAUAUUCUCAAAAAAUGCGUGUUACUCUUCACAUUCUGGAACUUUACUUGACGCAGCAAACACUCGGAGAAGGAAAGCGUCCUAGAUGUGAUGCCAACUCACCGGUACUCAAUUCUCGUAUAUCAACCUUGAAGGAUCUAGCUCAACAAAAAUCCAAUCAGAAUAUGAGCAAUGCAUUCAACAAAGCCACCGCAUAUUUUGUACAGAUCGAGACUCAUCGCAUCCAAUCAUCGCCCAAAUUGCUUCUCGAAAUAGGUCGAUCCGCGUUUGGAGAUCUUUUCCUUACUGAUGUAUAAUUGUAUCCUAUUUUUCUUUGAUUUCCCCAUUCUUUACUCAUUUUCUGGAUCCCAUUCACUACUUUUAUGUGACAGCAAAUAACGGGUUUCCUGCUCACCGAUUCAUUUGUGUUCCCUCAUAGUCAGUUUUAUGCACUUUGUAUCCCUAUGCACCUCAUUCCCAUUUUCAUUAAUGUGAAAUAGUCAUGGAGAAAAAUAAUGAAUGAAUAGUUUAUUUUUC